UACGUGUAAUCAAACUCUCACCCUCAUCCUAUUGUCAUCUCUCUUAAGAGGGAUUCAAGUAAUUGAUCAUGGGUGGUGUACAAAGUGGAACAAACAACUUGGGUGAUGCAUUAUGGACUCAAGAGAGACAACGACAACAAACUCAAAGGAGAUCCACACGUUACGAUUCAACCCAAAAUGGACAAAAUACCCAAGACAGGCGUAAAUUACUUAAAAGAACAAGAAGUUUAGCAGUGAUAUCUGAAGACGUAACGAAAAGUGAUAGGGGAAGUCAAAACUAUCAUCUUGGUGACCCUAAUCUUUUGAUUCCUCGGAGACCUCAGCUUAUACCGAGAGCUAAAUUGAUCGACAGGAACUCUUUGAAAGAUAGACUAUCUAAAAGUCAACAGCACCUUUCGGAUGUUAACGACAGAUAUCACGAGGCGAGGCCCUAUCACUCUCACUCGACGUGCGAUCUACAUACGACACAGCCUCAAUCUUAUUAUCAUCCCGAGAUCCAUUACAGUCGCAACGAAAGCCGUCAAGAUCCCGAUCGAUUGAAUAUUCUUAAUUGGCCGAGGACUCCGCGCAGGUACAAGAGUCAUCAGGAUCUCGACACCGUCAGCGGCCUUGUUGAUAUUGUCGAAGACAAUUGGCCUCUUGAAGAGAUUCAUCGACAGUGUGAUAUAUACACUCAGGUCAAACGUAAGCGCAAGGAGCACAGAAGUUUGGAUAGCAUUUUAUUUGAAGAUGAGGGAGAACUGGAGUAUUUUGACGUGUUAAAUCUAUUACCAUUGUCCAAAGUACGUCUAGAGCUUGACGAUUCAGACAAUCGUCACAGUAAUUCAAGUGUUUCUGAAAGAACAAACCAACUGUCACGUAUAACAAACUUUGAAGAAGUGCAAACAUCCAGUGAAACUGACGAAGGGUCCGAAGAUUCUGAGCCGCGACAUACACCCAAGAUUCUUCAAGUUUCCGAAUUUUCCGACGACUGUCAAGACAACUCUGUACAUCACGGAAGUAAUGUGACGGAUGAAGAAAAAUGUAAAAAUCAUUCAAUCAACGGGAAUGACAACAACGACAAUGACAAUGAACAAGAAAAUGACAAUCAGACAGUAAAAGUAAUCGAUAAAACUCGAAAAGCCAACACAGACGAAGAAUCUUGGCGUAGUCUCAUUUCGCUGUCAAGCCGUGGCGCUUGGGAAACAGAUUCGCACCGACAUCAUCAUCAUCAUCAUCACCAUCACCAUCGAGAGCCCUUGAGAAUAACUGAGGAGGAAAAUCAACAAGGAGAGGAAGUGGAAGUGGCUGAAGAAGUUAAAGAGCUACCACGUGAAAUAGACAUUCGAGAUAAAGCAAAUAAUUCUGGUGAAGAGAUCUUACCGAGUUCUCUAGAUGUUGUUGUUGAUUCUCCGCAAGUCGCUGUUGAUAUUGGUUCAAAUUCACCAGUGGAAUCAAAUGCCUCAAACGCUACUGGUAAUAUAAAUAAGUCUGACAAAAAGGAAAUAGAUACGGAAAUUAAGGAAACUGAAGAUUUAAAUACUACUUGGGUUUCUGAUAAUACUGAUGAAAAAGACACAGAUAAGAUGUCUCGCAGGCCACAGGUGCUGAAAAUUGUCGACAACGAGGUCACGCGUAGACGCAGUCGUGCUACUAAUAUCGCCGAAAUUGAUGUCGGAGCUAACGAUUCGCUGGAAAAACACUUGGAAGUUAAUAAAACGGAAGCAAACGAUCACAAUCAUUGUGCUGAAUCCGUGACACAAAAACCCGUGGAUUCUACAGCCGUGAUAAAAAUUGAUGAGCCGAGCCAGGAAUGCGAAAAGCGCUUGAGCAUUGAGAGAACCCGGAAUUUUUUUGAAGCUAAAAGUUUAGGAAUGGAAGGGAUUAAAAAUGAAUGCAAUCAAGGCAGGUUCGAGAGAAUUGUUAAGGAAACUUCAAAUAUUAUUGGGAAAGCAUGUAAUGCUGUGAAAGGGAGUCUUGGGUUUGAAGCGAGAUCAGAGAGCUCUGAUUUGGGACUCGGUUCUGAUUGUGGAAGUGAUACGAGACGCAGAUCUAUUGACGAAGGGGACGAUGGUGUUGACGAUACGGGUAAUCGUCGUCUUAAGAACAAGUCUGAACACAGUGAUAGUAAUAAAUAUUUGAAACCUAAAACGAAUUUAACAAGAUCACACAGUUGCGUUGACUCGAUAGAAUCACAGGGAACAGAUGGUCCGGAAUUUGAUCACAUUCGUUACAAAAUUAUUAAGUCGAGAUUAUUUGGUAAGAAUAUAUUUAGUAAUGUCCAGAACAAAGGUGAAAGCUACGAUGGACUGAUGGAAUAUUUGAGAGAGUAUUCUUUUCAAGAGCUCUUGCUCGACAAUAAUGUCGUUAUUAUUGAGCCAGUACGCGCCGAACCGGUGGAAAUAAAGACCUCAUCGAUGCAAAGUAAAAGCAAGUCGACGUCUGCUCAAUGUAGCAGGGUCACUGUUAGUAGUGGAAGUAGUAGUGGAGCUACUACAGUUAGUACGACACAAAAGAAAGAAGAGAAUGGCCAGGGUGAUGGAAAGAUUGAGAAUGAUAUGACAAAAAGCCCGAAGCAAUCAACUCUACGGAAACACUUUUUUUAUCAUCCAAUCAGUUCGGUGAACAGGGUUAACCGGGAACUUAUUGAUGAGGAACUACCAGAUCCCGACACGGUCAAGAAUGUUCGUGAAAUGUUCGAAGCAACUCUCCGUUCGAAAAAUUUUUCCCGUGGACAGGAAACGAACCCUAACAGCAGCAGCAACGGAAUGAAACCGAGAAAAAGUGUGAGCAUGAAAGAUCUGACAAGUAUUGACGGACGUUCGGAUGAAAAUAGUGAACGUAAUUCUGAAAUUUCUAGGUCUAGAUGUUCGAGCAGGGCAAAAGAUCUAACAAGGCUUUUUGAGAAACUCGAUAAAAACAGCUCACGUAGCGCGCAAAAUGUUAAAGGGGAGGUCGGAAGCAGUAAGAGUGAUUCGAAAACUAAAAUUCUCGCUCAAUCCUUUGAAGCACGAAGUGGAAAUACUUCUCCAAGUGAUUCUGGGUGUGCAAGAAAUAAAAUAUCUCCGACGCGUUAUCGACAACAGAGCUGUCACCAACGACAACGUCAACAGCAGCGUAGUUGGGACGCAGGAAGUGUAAGUUCUGGAGUCUCCAGUGAUUAUCCGGAUACUGAUCCUGGCAGUGGUGUACAGUGUACGUCAUCUGAGGAUGAAGAGAUUGAUUAUCGUGAUGAGGAAAGUUCGUUGCGAGAUCAGGAUAAUCAGCGUGUUCAAGCUCACUUUGUUUCCCAGGAUGUACUCAGAAAAAUACGGGAAUGCGGUACUUCUGUUACUUAUUAUGGUGGUAAAGUUGUUAACACGUGCAAUGGGCCUCUCAUAUCACCCAUGAGCAGUAAAAUGAAAAAGAGACAGGAACGUCUUUUGGGUCUUGAUGAUUGCGUUAAAUUUCGAUUAGUCAAGAGCAAUUCUUGUGACAGUAGACUCGAAUUAGCUGGUAGGGUUAUCGAGAGACGUUCAAAAUUAGAGGCAAGAGAAAACUUUGCCAAUAACUAUAGCUAUAAUAAUAGUAAUAUUAAUGAUAGUAUCGCGAAAAAAUCCGAUUUGCGAAGGUGUACGAUUAUCGAGACACCGAGUAUUGAAAUUACUUCUCUAGACGGUAACUCAAGACUCGAUGAGGAUCAUAUUGAAACGGAAGAAAAAAUAACAAAACGUGAACCGCCGGUUGUCAUUGGGUUGGAACCAAAAAAAGAUGAUAAUCGAAACUGUAGUGACUCAGCGGGUUUCAAAGCGAAUUUUAAGCUUGGUAAAAUCGAUGACAAUAAAUCAUCAGCAGUUGCUUUAAACAAUGGGUUCGGAAGUGCACUUACGCGAUGGCAGAUAAAUGAAAAUCAUUGGAAUAAAAAACAAGAGUUUGGUAAAAUGGAGUUUGAAGAGUUUGAAGUACUCGAGGAUAGUUUGAACGGCGAUUAAAAAAUUGCUUAUAAAAAAUUUUGAGUUUUAUUUUUUGAAUUUUCACCAUAAUGAUUAUUCAUUUAUAUUAAUGCAUUUGAUGUUUUAUUUAAAUUUUAAUAAUAUUAAUAUUAAAUGAAUUGCAGUAAGAAUAUGAUAAUAUAUUUAGGAUAUAUAGGCAUAAAUAUACAUAUUUAAGUCAAACCCGGUCAACGGUCAGUGAGAAUAUGUAAAUUCACAUUUAUUCUACUUAAAUGUAAUUAUACUGCUUAAUUAGAUGGACUAAAAAAAUGCUUUAAAUUUUCACAGAGAAAAUUAUUAUUUUACCAUUUAAAUAAUAUGUUUUUAAUUUUAUCAUGUAAAAUGUGUGUUAAAUAUGUAAUUGUCUAUAACGAA